AUGGCCCCUUUGGGCGGAGAGAGAAGAUUGUUCGAGCAGUCGGAAGAUAGCUCGCAAGUCGAACCAAGUCGACCGCUAAACGGCCGUGCAACAUCAAGUCAUGCAGCAGAAAAAGCAGCUACGAGGUUGAGAGAUUUCGCACGCGGUCGGCCACCUUCAGAAAGAUCUUCAUCGUCUUCAGUCCAGUCAUUUUACAAUGGCAACCCAUUCUCAGACCGACGCCCUCCCGAGCGCAAGCAACUCUCUCCACCUGCCACCAGCUCCGCGGCAGCUGCCCAUUCUUCCAGUGCAGGCUCGGGAUCUUCAGAAGACUCAUCGAGCAAAUCAUCAGAUCUCAGAUCACCGCAGAGGCCACAACUACAGUCCCUACAUGAUUCGCGAGAUGAUCAAUCAAGACGCCCACCGCUUUCGGUUCCGCGGGGUCGGCAGCAGAGACGCCUUCCCUCAGGGCCUCUUCAAGCCCUAAGCCCUAAUUCUGGCAGGUCAGGAUCCCGCAAGCCAGUCACAAUGGCCGACUUGGGUCGGGACUAUACCCGAUAUCCCUUCACUUAUCCCAAGACUCCUACCUCCUAUCCAUCCACACCGGCGCCGCAAUACAGUCCACCAGCAGGGCAGACACCUUUGAAAGGCACCCCAAUGCAGUCAGUCGUCCAACUGGGCUUGAUGACAGACCCGGAAAAGGCUGCUCCAAUAUGGCUGCUUGAUGAUCGAAUAGGCGCGCCAUACGCUUUGGAGGGCUCUUUCCCACUCUACACAGACGAAAAAGAGGAAGACGAUGAUAUGCAUAUUCCAUUGCCGGAGGACGAACGUAAAUUGAAGCCAACAUGGAAGGACAGAUGUAAUAGAAGGCAGCUGGCUAAUAUGUGUGGCCUUAUCUUCGUGAUGAUCGGCUUACUGUGCGUCUUCGUCCUGUUACCGGUGCUGGGCUACACGGGUCAUGCAAUCUGGCGAUAUCCUUACGACGAUCCCGAGUCUGCUGCACCCAAGCUUGACCCUGACGAUUAUGUCAAUGAUGUUAAAUACCCAUUAUUCAAGAACAUAAGAUACGGUUUGAUAGACCCCGACACGCCGGAGUCGAAAAUGACAAGAAAAACCUUCGAUGAGCAAGAGUGGGAGUUGGUAUUCAGUGACGAGUUCAAUCAAGACAAUCGAACAUUUUACCCUGGCGAUGAUCCAUUUUGGACUGCUCAGGACAUAUGGUAUGGAUCGACACAGGAUCUUGAAUGGUACGAUCCUGAUGCUGCAACUACUGGCGAUGGUACCUUGAAGUUGCGGCUGGAUCAAUUCGCGAACCAUGGUCUGGCUUAUAGAUCUGGCAUGAUCAACUCCUGGAAUCAACUCUGCAUGAAAGGUGGCGCUUUAGAAAUUGGCGUCUCCCUGGCUGGGCCUGGAGGCGCUUCCGGUCUAUGGCCUGGUGCAUGGACGAUGGGAAAUCUGGGAAGGCCAGGCUACAAAGCUUCAACUGAGGGCUUGUGGCCUUAUACCUAUGACACAUGUGACGCCGGAAUCACGCCUAAUCAGAGUAUGACCGAUGGAACAUCAUAUCUUCCCGGUCAGCGCCUUCCGUCUUGCACAUGCAAAGGCGAAGAUCACCCUACGCCGGGCACAGGGCGCGGAGCACCCGAGAUAGAUGUGUUUGAAGCUAGUGCAGAUCCGACUCUCCAUCUCGGCAUCGUCACGCAAUCGUACCAAGUUGCACCAUUCGACGUCUGGUAUCAUCCCGACUAUGACUAUCUCUCUAUCCCGAAUUAUAAUGUCACUCAAAUGAACGGCUACUGCGGUGGACCUUUUCAGCAAGCGGUUUCUGGCCAGACCGAACUCAACAACAAAUGGUACGAUAACAUCCAGUAUCAGAAGUAUGGCUUCGAGUACACACCUGGUAGUGGCGAAGAUGGUCACAUCGCGUGGUUCGUAGGCGACGACGUGUCUUUUGAGAUGUCAGGCGAAGCUGUCGGUCCAAAUGGAAACGUGGGCUAUCGACCUAUCUCGGAGGAACCAAUGGCCAUCACACUCAACUUAGGCUUCUCAACUGCAUGGACAGGCAUUCACAUGGACGAGCUUCGUUUCCCAACAACGAUGUACGUCGACUAUGUUCGAUUCUACCAGAAGGCCGGCGAGCAUAUGGUAACUUGUGAUCCGCCAGGUUAUGAGACGACAAAAUCACCUGGUGGCAUACACGAAUUACAAUCUCACGAGAUGGGACGAGACAGGAUAUGGCUGGCCGAAACACAAGUUGAAUACUCAAUGUUCGACAAAAUAGCGACUGCGAAAGUUGUCCCGCUGGCUGCAAGUUUGGCGUUUUGGACCAUGCCCGGGGAGACUCUCCUAUCAUAG